CAAUUUAAAAAGUAGCUUAUCAGUAUAGAAGUGAAAAAAAGAAGAAUAGUUUUGUUUCGUGUGAGAAUGUAAGGCUCAGCGAUAUCCAAAGUGUUUGCAAUUGGAACAACAUUAAGAAUGUCGACACUUUGAAUUGAGUGAAGGAUGAGGAAAGCUCGGAAAAUGAUUUUGGCUCUGCAAAGGUCACUAUUGAUCGACAGUUCGACAGUGCGAGGGUGCGCCAGCGCAGCCCAGUCGCUCGUCUUGACAAUUUGUAAUAAGGGACGCACUUCGCCCACCCUAAACACUCGGAUUUAGCCGAGCUGCCGGCUAGUGUUGUUUGUUAUUGCUGUCACAAUGUCAGGCGACAGGGACUAUAUUGGAUUUGCGACUCUCCCGGAACAAGUGCACAGGAAAUCAGUGAAAAGGGGAUUCGAAUUCACGCUGAUGGUCCUGGGUGAGACUGGCUUGGGAAAGUCGACCCUAAUAAACAGUCUCUUCCUUGGAGACCUCUAUAAAGAUCGGCGAAUUCCCGAUGUCUCUGAACGAAUAGAAAAGACAACGUCCAUUGAGAAGAAGACCAUGGAUAUUGAGGAGCGAGGAGUGAGAUUGCGAUUAACCAUCGUCGACACUCCGGGCUUUGGAGAUUCGGUGAAUUGCGAGGACACGUGGAAGGCCUGUUCGUCAUAUAUCGACGAGCAAUUUCGACAGUACUUUACGGACGAAAGCGGGUUGAACAGGAAGAACAUCCAGGACAACAGGGUGCACUGCUGCCUCUACUUCAUCCCCCCCUACGGACAUGGGCUGAGGCAAGUGGACCUGGAGGUGCUGAGGAGAUUGCAUCGCAAAGUAAACGUCGUGCCAGUGAUUGCCAAGGCGGACACUCUCACCACGCAGGAAGUGAAGAAGCUGAAGGAACGAAUUCUCUCUGACAUUGAGGAACAUGAAAUUCAGAUUUAUCAGUUCCCCGACUGCGACAGUGACGAAGAUGAGGAAUUCAAGCAACAGGACAAGGAGUUGAAGGCGUGUGUGCCGUUCGCUGUUGUAGGCAGUUCGACAGUUUUAGAAGUUGCUGGGCGGAAAGUUCGCGGACGUCAGUAUCCUUGGGGAGUUGUCGAAGUGGAGAAUCCGAAGCACAGCGAUUUCGUGAAACUAAGGACAAUGUUAAUUUCGACGCAUAUGCAAGACUUGAAAGAUGUCACGCAAGAUGUGCACUAUGAAAACUUCCGUGCUCAAUGCAUUUCCCAAAUAUCCCAGCAGGCGAUCCGGGAAAGGAGGUAUUUACGCAUUAAGCUAAAAAGAGAUUCCGGUCCGCAUUUCGACAACAAUAUUUCUGAAACUGACAGACUACUUUUGCAAAAGGAUGAAGAGAUUCGCAGAAUGCAGGAUAUUUUGGCUCAAAUGCAGGAAAAGUUGAAGGCGACCGGACAAGUGAGAAGAGUCGGAAGUUUAGGAAACGAUUUAGACGUAACUGACGUAGACAAGAAGCGAAACAGUAUUAUUGACGUUUGAACAUUUUCUGUGAUUGUGAUGGCGGUUAUUAUAAUGCUCGAUUCGAUUUUAUAUUAUCACCAGGAAGACGAGAACAAAGUCCUUCAGGGUCUUAUCGCCUUAAUUGAAGAAGCUUUUUUAAAACCAACUACAUCCCGUAUAUUAAAGCCAGUGACAAGAGUAUAAGACGACAAUACUUGCCCCAAAAGAAUAAGAAACUAGUUAAUUAAUUGACGGAGCAAUAAGUUGGAUUAUUAUUUUUAAGUUGUUAUCGGUUUACAAUUAUUUAUUACAUAGACUAUAUAGGUACAUUUAUAUAUCGCACAAGUAUUACUUCUCCACCGCGAAUUUUGCACAAACAAAGCAACUAAUAGUUAUUCAUUAACUCUUUUCAAAUUGUUUUCAAAUAUUUUCCAGGUGGAGUUUUUAUAAACUGAUGAGAUACUAGAACUUAAACUGUUUUUAAUCAAGUAAUAAUACGUAUAAAUAAUGUAUUCAGGGAAAAUAAAUUUCUUCAAAAUUG